AUGAGACCCGACGUCGCUCUUUAUAACGGGAUAGCUCCCGACGGGACACUGCAAUAUUACACUACCACGCGGGGUGGUAGUAACGAGUUCCUCGUCCAUGGCAUCCGACACCACGAAAGUUUUGCCAAGUCGCCAGAAGUCAAUGAGGUCUGCAAAGUUCAUGACAGGCACGCAAGGGCCCGCAACGCGCGUCUCAUUAUGAGCAACAUUAUUCCAGACAUGGCUUCCCAGGCAGUGAUACCUUACUGCAUUUGGUAUCCCGAUGUUGCCACGGAGGACACCUAUCGAGAGCUUUUCUACCGUCACCCAGAAAUGCGCUAUCACAUUGGACGAGCUUGUGCCGUUGCAGGAUAUCGGCAGCUUUAUAACGAAUUAGACCUACUACCGGAUGUCUCCAUUGCUGAGGAAGCUUGCGAUAAUGGUGCGCUCGAUAUUUUCGAGCACAUUGUGAGCCAGCCUUUGAGAUUUGCUGUCAUGAACGACUAUCAGCGAUCUGUAGAUCUGCAGAAUCCACGACCAGGAGCUUGUCUCAAUGGAGACACCGCUAUACGAUCUUCUCUGCAACGCCAUCAGCCAUCGAGAAAAGACGGAGGUGCCCCCGAGAAGGAACCCAAUUUGAAAGGCGAGCACAUCGACCUACUUCACAACCCUCUGCCAAGAGACUUGCCUCCUAUCAACAAGGACAUUUUGGUUCUCAUGGCUGCGUGGGACGGCAAUAUUGAUCGCUACGCUCGGCUCAGACGGCCAGUUACGGUCCCCAAUGAGAUCACGGCCUUUGUUCGUGGUGCCUACCAUCACACACCAUUUGCGCGAUGGCUCGAAACAUGCGCAUAUCAUGCGCGAUUCAUCAUGAACGACGACCUAUCCCGCAUCGAUAGCGAAGUCGACGGCGAAACGCUUCCGGAGUUCUUUUGGUGGCCUCACUCCCCACAUGAGAACACCUUGCGCGAGCUGACAUGGCGUCGACCUGACCUGAAACACCAGGUCACACUCGCAUGCAUAGCUGGAAACCACGAGGAUAUUUUUCACGAGCUCUCUGAUGGGACGAAGCCAACACAAGAACAGUGGGAAGCCGCACUUCAAUCUCGUCGGAAGUUCUAUCUGGAGAAUAUCGAACGGCGUGCGAAGGAGGAAGAUCUUGAAUUCUGUGAUAGAUACGACUGGAUACAAGAAUACCUACGACCGACCAACGAGUUUUACAGGGGCUAUGAUGAGUUGGCAGUGAUCAAAGAGAUCUCCAAUGAGCCCGAUGAUCACAGCGAAGACUGGGAUGAUUGGUACCAACCUGAAGAUAAUCUGUUCAAUUAUCACAUGCAUCUUCAGAUGCUCGUCUCGAACAACCUGGACGACAGUGGACCAAGCACUCUCGCUCUGCAUUAUGUUGAUGUUGUCCAAAGCCAGAUCGUUCAAACUCGCACCAUGCCGGCGCAACACAUCUACCAGAUCACCGCCUUCGCCUUCGAACCCUUGGAGGACCAAGGUUUUGAGGUUGGGAGCAUGCAGCAUGGAGAGAUCCCAGAGGUUGAUUGA